AUGGCCAUUGCGUCAUCAUCGGCUGUUUUAAAUUUAAAUAAGGAGAUGCAGAAUGAUGGGACCGCUGUCCUUACAGCUUCAUCUUCUUCCGACCCUUUCUUUCUCACAUCUAACCAUUCAUUAAAUUCAAUACCCAAUUCUGCUACUCCCACAAACCCAACACCAUCCAAUCAUCAUCGUGAUGAGAAUAUACUAGACUUUACCUUUGAGGACAAUUCCAUUCAAAACUUUCAUGAUCAACAUUUACAUAACGACACUCAACAUCAGCAAGAUCCUCCCCUUAGAACCUCACCUCCAUGGAUGGAUGAAACAGAAAACCCCACGGAAGGAGAUCAAUCCUCUCCAUCCUUAUCUUCUCUCUGGCUAACGAGCAAUGUGGCCAAAACGAGGGCAAUCUUUGAAAAAGCGUUUGAAAAGAGCGACCCUUCUCCAUCAUCCAGUAACCUCUCGACUCAAAGAAACCCUCAUCUAUCUCACUUGUUUUCUAAUCAUCGUGAAGAGGAUGAUACAGAUUCACUCGAGGAGCGAGUUCUUGCUUCCUUAUCGGGGGAUUUUGCUUCCUAUGAAGAGUCUAUUCGAGAGGAGUUAAGGCAGAUUUCUGAAUUUAUUGCUAUAUCGAGUAAAAAGUUAGAAGACGAUGAAGGCAAUGCUUCACAAGGAAAGAUUGGGCAGGCUUCCUCCUCUGCACCGUGUGAUGGGCAAGCAAAUCAACGAGUGAAAAUAGAUCUUGUACGAAGGUACAACCCGAUGGAUAUUUGUAGAAAAAUUCAUGAAUAUGAAACACAGAAAGAUCUCUUGGAAAGUGAAAGAGAUUUUCAUGAAUUGAACCGUUUAGAAGUUGCAUUAAGAAAAGAGAUACAGAAAGAGAUGGAUGAUAUUGAAGACAAGUUCAAUUAUGACUAUUCAUUGAGAAGAAGAGAAAUUAAAGCCCUAAUUCAAGAUCAACAAAAUGAAAUUAAUCAAUUAUGGACAAGGAAAAUUCUCAAGUAUGAUUCAGUGGCUGUGGCAUUGAUAAACGAUAUUACAGAGAGGCAUCAGUCCGAGUUUGCUUCAAGUCAAGAAAAAUAUCGAAAGGCCUUUCUAAAGAAGAAACCAACUUUAUCCAAAUCUACACUUGAAGAGAAAAAUUUAUUGAAUCUACUGUCCAUAUCAAAAAUGUAUGAAUUGGGGAAUGGUCUCGAAGCGAAAAUUUAUGAUCUGGAAAAGAGAGAUCUUGUGAACUUUUUUAAUCAACAAGAGUAUCAUGUCUCGAAAAAGCUUGAACACUUGUCACAGAAACAACAUCAAGAAUUGUGUGCUGCUCAACAAAAAAUUGAUAAGGGGAAAAAUGCAAUGGAAAAGGAUCGAGAAGAAGAUAUCAAGAAGCUUAACUCACGAACCACUAUUCUCUUUCGAGAUUUGGAAAAGAAAAAGAAUUUGGUUUUGACGCAAAUUCAACAUUUCCGAGACAAGUUCAAUGGUGUAGGUGCAAGCGGCACAUCCAGAAGAAAAAGUUCGGAUUACUUCUCUACUUGGGAGAAUUUAAAUGCGCAAGAACCAGUCAUCCACGUUUCGGCAUGUUUAGAAUUUUUCAAUUCCAUCUCAGACAAAAUCAUUCAAUUUUUCAACACUCUUGAUAAAUCUGAGACUGAGAUAGAGAAAGAGACUUGUAAAAUGGUCAAACGGUUAGUUGAUUCGAUGGAUCAAGUCAUUUCAGACUCUCCAAAAACAACACCAGAAAAGAAGAAAGCACCAACACAGCAAAUCUUGAAUCAAGAAAAGAAUGACGCGAACUCUUACACGUUCCAACAUAACCAAUACUCCAGGCUACAAUCACCACCUUCGGGUCCUUUGACAAUCAAAGACAAGAAAAAAAAUGAUUCAAGAACUUCAAUCGCUCGUACCACUUCGAUGUUCAUUGAGGAAGCAAAAGCAAUACUCAAUACCACGCCCGAGAAGCAAAAAAUUUCGAAUCAGUCUGUAUUGAAUCGUUCGUCUUCGUCCUCUAAAGGUGUGACUGUCUCUAGCGUGGCAAGCACAACACCACCUAAUGUGACACUCGAAGAUUGUUUGAAAAAGAAGAAAAAGCCGUCUGCCAAGCAUACAUUUUCAGAGCUCAUACGGACAUCAUUCAAGUGGAAGUAA